AGAACUCAAUAUAGCGCAUAAAAGAGUGGAGAAUAAAAAAUCGGGACUGUAGUUUCAUCCGCAUCUAUCCUUUUUCUUGAAGGAAAAUUCGGCCGAAAUCUUUUUAUUGCAACGUUAGAAGUUUGGUAAUUUCGGUGCUUUAUCUUCAAACAACAAAAAAGGUAUUGUUGGUGAGUGAAGUUCUUCUGUAUCUACCUACUGCAUUUUGGAAUCCAUUUCGCGACCACAAGGAAAGUGUGUUCGCAACCCGUCCACCGUGUGCCGUACUCGUAUAGAAAGAGUGAAAAGGUGAAGAAGGCGGUGCUGUCCCGGUUUUAUCUGCAACUAGAACAAAACUCGUAUCUUCUCAUCAAAAUCGGCUCUAAAUACAUUUUUUCAACAGCAGCGAAGCAUCUAAACCACAUACAGCUUGCUCUUAGGAAAUGGUAAUGGAAGCACAACCAUCACCACAAAGCGUUGGUCGCGAAUUCGUGCGCCAAUACUACACCCUUUUAAAUAAGGCGCCGGAUCACCUCCACCGCUUCUAUAAUAACUAUUCGAGUUUUGUACAUGGUGGCUUGGACUCGAAGAACCAGGAAGCAACACUAGUCAUCGGUCAAAAGCAAAUUCAUAACAAGAUACAACAGUUGAAUUUCCGCGAUUGCCAUGCCAAGAUCAGUCAGGUUGAUUCACAGGCUACCCUCGGCAAUGGAGUGGUUGUGCAGGUGACGGGUGAACUGUCCAACGAUGGUCAACCUAUGCGUCGGUUCACCCAAACAUUUGUACUGGCGGCGCAAUCGCCUAAGAAGUAUUAUGUCCAUAAUGACAUAUUUCGCUACCAGGACGUAUACUCUGACGAUGAGCUUGACGAGAACGAACGCUCCGGUGGUGAAGAUGAAGGCGAAGUCGAGAGCAAUGUUGUUGCAGAGCAUCAAAAUGUUGCUUCUCCUGCUGGUGUGGCCCAAGACAUCGGCCAUCAAACGCAGCAACAGCAACAACCGCAACAACAACAACAGCAGCUGUAUUAUCCACCAGGUGUAGUCAGUGCUACUCCAGCUGGACUAAUUUCUAGCUAUGGUCCACCACAACAAGCUCAACAGCCGCAGCAACUCAAUGGGGUUCAUGAUGAUCUGAUGAAAACAGCUCCACCGCAAGCUAAUACCAAUAUUAUGCAAGCGUCAGGUGGCCAUCUUCCAGUUGGUGCUGUUCAUCUACAGACUCCAAUAAUGCAGCAAGUUCCCAACAUGACAACUGGACCGAUUACGGUUGAUCCGAUUCAGCACCUGACGCAACAGCAAGUGGUUCCACUUCAACAAGCGGCACAACAGUUCCAACCUCAACCGGUCCCGCAGCAAAUUCCCUCACAAUCAAUCCCGCCACAACAGCCUAUUCAACCUGUACAGAUUCCAGAACCUGAACCAAUAGCAAGUACUAUUACUAUGAGUGAACUGGAUACUGUUUUACCCUCUGUUAACGAUCCUACUCCUGCUGAAGCAAGUGAUUCUCUUGAUCUGCACCACAUGGGCCAUGGAUCAUCGGAUUUAAUUGAUCAGCACCAAGCACAGGUUGCACCAUUACAGCAACAGAUUUCUAAUGAACCAAAAACCUACGCGAAUCUGGUAAAAUCCGGUGGAACAGGCGUCACCGGAACUGGCCCGUUAAGUUUUGCUUCUAUUUCAUCCCACCAUCACCAUCAGCAAACACAACACCAUCAACAAGGUUACAGCAAUGCAACAACCGGCCGACAGUCUGCCUUAUCCCCGCCACCGUCAUCUUCACUGCAAACCACUAGCUCUGUUAAUAGUGGGCCUGGUAGCAACAGCAACUUAGGUCUUGGUGGCAAUAAGUACGAUCGUCAGCCUCAGCAGGAUCUGAGUGGACAGAACGCUCCAAUGCCACAACGUGUACCGAAUCAACAGAGACCUAUUCGUGGCAAUGGUCCUUCCAGUGGUGGAAGUGGACCAAGUUCUCUUAGACAGCAGGACAGUCGUCCUAGUUAUCAGCGAAAUUACAAUAAUGAUAACGAUGAGCGUCGACAGAGUAGCAAUGCUCAGUUUGGUGAUAACCACCAGCUCUUCCUGGGUAACAUUCCACAUCACGCCACAGAAGAAGAGCUGAAAACGUUGUUCAGUAAGUAUGGCACCGUUGUUGAUUUGCGCAUACACUCAAAGCCCGGUCAAAAGAUGCCAGGGGUUCGAGCUACACCCAACUAUGGUUUCCUAACGUACGAGGAUCCAGCUUCUGUACAGAAUUGUCUUUCAAAUAUGCCUCUGUACUUCCCGGAGAAUUCUCCUGACGGUCAGAAGUUAAACGUGGAAGAAAAGAAGACACGAAUGCGCGGACCAGGCGAAACGGGUGGUCGAAUCGGUAGUAACAAUCUUGGGGGAAAUGGAGGCAAUGGACCUCGCGGUGGUGGCCCAGGCGGCCCAGGUAAUCAGCAGCGAGGAGGUCUUGGUGGUCCACCAGGUAGUAUGAAUCGUGGUGGUUCUGGUCAACGUGGACUAGGUGGAGUAGGUGGCGGAAGUACACGGGGUGGAUAUCAACGUUCCGAGAGAAGCAGCGUGUCCGGCGCUGGACAACGGUCCGGAAAUGGAAACUAUCAUCAGUUGAACCGCUAAAUAUCGUUUCCCGAUUAUUUUUGCAAAAGGCAAACACAUAAAAAAAACUCACGCUUUAGGAGCAGUGCGUCAGAAACAUAAAAAAAUCGCGCUAAUUUUAGCGAAAAACGAUAGUCGAACCCGUUCAAUAUGUGAAAGUUAGCUCUAAUACAAAACUUAGUAUGUACUACUACAUAAUAAUUGAAUAUGACUUAAGCAAAGGGGAACCCCAAUUAAUCAUGUAACAUGAACUUGGAGUAAAGUUGACAACAAAACGCGUAAUUUGUUUUAGCCGAUUCAGAACGAAACAGAAACACAAUAAUUUAAAUCUAGAAAAAAACAAGAAAAAAUGAGACAAAUUGAAGUAUGGCUUAGUAUGUACACUACUAGGCAAUAUUUAGCACUUUUUGAAAGCAAACAAAUGCUUAUACGAGAUAGAUUUUUUUAAUUAAAAAAAAUGCUUUAACGGAACUUUAAGAAACUACCAUUUACUUUUAUUUAAGGUAUAGAGAAACAAACAUAUUCCAAUACAAACAGAACACAAUAUGUGAUCCGUUACUACCCGUAUGGAACGAGAUAUCAAGGAACAGCAACCAAAAUAA